CUAUGUUCUUGUGCACGUGCAAGUGCAGGUGCAAGUGCAGCCUACGCCGUUCAAGAUCAAGUACGUACUUGCCUCAAGGUAACUUGAUGCAUACCUGGCUACUUUAGGUACCGGUUGACCACAGCAACAGAACAGCAGCCUCUGCCAGUUGACAGGGAAAUCCCACUGACGGCCGGCGAGCGGAGUCGACCACCGAGCUGAGGUGACCGGGGGUAGCAUCGUCACACAUCCCGGCCCGUGGAGCCCGCCCGUCCAGACCUGGGCUCCUGACCUCCGGGGCGGUGUCUGCGUACAUAUAAGGACGUACCUACACAGAGCCUGGCGAGGGGCAGAGAGAUCAGUACGUAGACAGAGGCAGCCCUCGCCAACAACAAGAUGCCGCCAGACCACCGGCCUCGGGCCAUCGCCAGCAAGCCCCGCCGGCCCAGCCACGACAUUGCCUCGUCCUUUGCCGCCAGCUUCCGCUCCUCCUUCCUCUCCACCUCCCCCUUGGCCCAGGAGAUUGUCGCCCGCGACCUCGCCGUCUGCUCUGACAACGACGACGAGGGCGGCGAUGACUAUGGCGACGACCACAGCAAUCCUGGCGCCCGAGACCCAGACUGGGCAGACGACGACGAUGCCGGCCCGGCCCCCGUGCUCUACACGCAGCCCAUCGACGGCGUCGCCUUUGGCUUCCGCAGGCCCAGCAUCGUCCUGGACCAGGGCACCCGCGCCGGCGAGCUGACUGCCGCCAACAGGGCCGUCCGUGAGCAGUCCCGCCGGGCGGAGCGCAGCCUCCUCCGCGAUAACCACAUCCUCCCGCCCAAGCACGACCGCUCCGGUGAACAGGGCCUCUUGAACACCCUCUACAGGCGCAUGUUCAGCACAAAGGUCCCUCUCGAUGCCUAUGACGACGACGCCACCGAGAAUGGGGCGUGCCCGCCAUCUCGCCGGGUCUCGGAGACAUCGCCGCUGCUAUCAGAUCAUGCUGGAGCGGCCCCCGCACCCGAGGAUAUCGCCAACGAUCCCGCUCUGCUGAACGAGCAGUGGCAGGCUGCGGUCGAGUCGGGCAAGAUCAAGACCACCUGGCAGCGCGAGGCAAAGACCAUUGCCACCUACUCGCGCUCCCUCAUCGUGACGUUCCUCCUCCAAUACAGCAUCAACAUUGCCAGCGUCUUUGCCGUCGGCCGGAUCGGCAUUGCAGAGCUGGGGGCGGUCACUUUGGGCUCCAUGUCGGCCAAUAUCGUCUGCUACGCUCCCAUGCAAGGUCUUGCCACGAGCCUUGACACCCUCUGCGCCCAGGCGUAUGGUUCGGGCCACAAGCACCUCGUGGGUCUGCAGCUCCAGCGCAUGACCUAUUUCCUCUGGGUCCUCAUGCUGCCCAUUGCGGUGCUCUUCUACUUUGGCACCGACGUGCUGCUGCGCAUCGUCCCUGAGCCUGAGUCCGCCGAGCUCGCGGGCUUGUACUUGCGCGUCAUCACUUUUGGCAUCCCAGGCUUCGUCGCCUACGAAGGGGGCAAACGCUUCGUGCAGGCCCAGGGCCUGUUUGUUGCCACCACCUAUGUCCUGCUCAUCACGGCGCCGCUCAACAUCCUGCUCAACUGGUUCUUCGUGUGGCACCUGGGCUGGGGCUUCAUCGGGGCGCCCAUCGCCGUUGCGCUCAUCCAGACGCUCAACCCGAUCAUGCUGUUCCUGUAUGUCGUCUUUGUCGAUGGCUCCCAGUGCUGGGGCGGCUUCACCAAGCGCGCCCUCAACAACUGGGGGCCCAUGGUCCGUCUUGCGCUUCCGGGCAUGAUCAUGGUCGAGGCCGAGUGGCUGGCCUUUGAGAUUCUCACGCUCGCGACCAGCCAGUUUGGUGCAGACUAUCUUGCGGCGCAGAGCAUUCUCGUCACGUUGACCUCGGCGACAUUCCAGAUCCCGUUCCCCGUCUCUAUCGCCGCGUCAACACGCAUUGCCAAUCUGAUCGGGGCGAAGCUGGCCGAUGCGGCAAAGACCUCGGCCAAGGUGGCCGUCGUAGCAGCGCUCGCAAUCUCCCUCCUCAACACGAUCCUCCUGUCGACCUUGCGCAACCACCUGCCCCUGCUCUUCACCUCGGACCCGCGCGUCGUGUCCCUCGUGGCCGACCUGAUCCCGCUCUGCGCGGCGAUGCAGGUCUUUGACGGCAUGGCCUGCAUGGCGCACGGCCUGCUCCGGGGCAUCGGCAAGCAGGGCUUUGGCGGCUACGUCAACCUGCUGACCUACUAUGUCCUCGCGCUGCCAAUCAGCUUCGCCACGGCGUUUGGUCCGCUGGGUUGGAAGUUGGAAGGGUUGUGGCUGGGCGUGACCAUCGGGUUGGCCAUUGUCGCCGUGGUUGAGUACACAUACAUCUACAAGUCCGACUGGAAUCAGUCAGUCCGCGAUGCCGAGCGGCGCAAUACCGCGGGUUAAUAUAUAUAUCUAGACCGAGGCAACAGCCGGUAGGAGUCAAUCAGUCAAUCAGCAAGUCGGUAUUUUUUGGUUUCAGAACCCGAGCGGGAAAGCCAAAGCAUAGAGGGUUUCUCUUUUCUCUCUCUUCUCCGGACUAUGUCUGAUUUUGUUUUCACGAAAGCGUCUGUGAAGUUUGAAGACACACAAGGGCUACAAGGCUCUAAUGAGGGGUGGGAGGUUGAAAUAAAAAAGUAAAGCAGGGGAGAAAGGAAGAUCAUAAUUGUUGGAGAAAGCGUCAAUACAAGAAAUGGCCUUGGAGCCAAUGACCUCCAUGGAAUCUGUGCUACUGUGUCCAAAACAAACAGCCAAGCGGAACGGCAUCUCCCA